GAUAAUUGACCGUCUAGAUGGAGUUCGUUUGUUAUGGUCAUUGCUGAAAAAUCCUAAUCCAGAUGUUCAAGCAAGUGCAGCUUGGGCUAUUUGUCCUUGCAUUGAAAAUGCUAAGGAUUCUGGAGAAAUGGUUCGGUCCUUUGUUGGUGGCUUGGAACUGAUAGUCAAUUUGCUAAAAUCAAAGAAUAAAGAAGUUCUGGCAAGUGUAUGUGCAGCCAUUACAAAUAUAGCAAAGGAUGAAGAAAAUUUAGCUGUUAUAACAGACCAUGGAGUUGUCCCUCUGUUGUCAAAACUAGCAAACACAAACAAUGACAAGUUAAGACGUCACUUAGCAGAGGCCAUUUCCCACUGUUGCAUGUGGGGAAGCAAUAGAGUUACUUUCGGAGAGACGAAAGCUGUAGCUCCUUUGGUACGUUACUUGAAAUCAAAUGAUCCAUCAGUCCACAGAGCUACAGCUCAGGCUUUAUAUCAGCUUUCAGAGGAUCCCAACAACUGUAUCACCAUGCAUGAAAAUGGAGUGGUGAAGCUCCUCCUGGCUAUGGUAGGCUCUACGGAUGAAACUCUCCAGGAGGCGGCAGCUGGCUGCAUAGCAAACAUUCGCAGGCUGGCGCUGGCAACAGAAAAAGCAAAAUAUGGCUGAUGCUUUAACAGCUUUUAUCAACCAACCUCUUUUACAGUGCAUCUACACUUAAAUGCAUGACUACUUGAUCUGGUAUCUGUAUUUCACAGC